AUGCAACUCCACCAUGCUCCUACUGGUAGACCGGAUCAGCACGGGUACUCCCUAGGCCACUCGCAUCAGACCGGGCCCUACCCGAUGCACUCGUUCUCAGGGCCGCCGUCUUCCUCGGUGGCAGGAGGCAUUGACGUGCGGUCGGCCCGCGACUCUGGCUCGACCGGAGUUUUUUUGCAUCCCGGCCCCAGCGGCGACGGCGGCGAGGCGGUUAGAGCUCUGGGCAACAACAUGGGUGUCAUGUCUGCGGCUUCUCCUCCUUCCGCUCCCCCUACCUCCCGAAGAGACGGCUACCCGGACGUCGCGGUUGCCAGGCAGUGCGAGCGAGAGGGGUGUAAUGUGCAGCCAUCCUACGGCAAGGUCUGGAAGAAGCCGCGGUUCUGCGCCAGGCACAAGCUUCCCGGCAUGAUGGACGUCCGGAACCGGCGGUGCGAGGAGCCCAACUGCACGCGCCAGCCGUCCUACGGCAAGGAAGGGCAGCGGAGACAGUUCUGCUUCACCCACAAGAGAGAGGGCGACGUUGACGUCAAGUCCACGAGAUGUAAGAGCACCGGGUGCCCGAAGCACGCCAUGUACGGCCGCCCCGGCGAGAUGCCACAGUACUGCUCCGCCCACAAGGCGGAAGACAUGGUGGACGUCAAGAAGCGGCGCCGAUGCAACGCCGACAACUGCGAGCGCCGCGCUAGCUAUGCUCUCGACGGGGAAAAGGCGGCGUUUUGCUCCGCCCACAAGCAGGCCGGGCACGUGAACGUCAACAACAGGAGGUGCGAAUUCCACGGGUGCUCUAGGCGGCCGGUGUUCUCCUUCCAGGGCGAGAAGCCUCGCUUCUGCCUGGCGCACAAGCUGGACGGCAUGCAGGACAGCCGCCUCAACGCCGAAGGCCGCGGCCGCGCCAGGGCUGGGGCCGCUAGCCGUCCGUCUCAGGUGGCGGCGGCUCAGCAGCGGAUGUACGGCGGCCAGAAUGCCGGCGGCUACGGCCGUGGAGGCGGCGGCGGCGGCGGUGGUGGUGGCCGCGGCAUGGCCAACGGCAACAUGGGAGGAGGCGCCACCGGCGUGAACGGCGACAUGAUGUUUGGCGCGAGGGCGAACGGCGACGUGAAGGGCCCGAUGCUGUCGCACGGAGGCGGGGGCAUCGGCGGGCCCCACCGCAACGUCCAGGAGCGGGCGACGGCGGCGCAGGCGACGGUCAGCGCGGCGGCGGCGGUCAUUGCCGCCAUCGAGGACGAGGCCCGCCUGGACUCCCGCGGCCACGCGGUACACGGCGUUUACAGGAACGGCGGCGGCGGGUUUCGGGAGAGCGAGGUCGACAUGUACGAGGGCCUCCACAACGGCGGCGGGUUCGGCGGCGGUGGCGGCGGCGGGAGCAUGGCCCGUCCCAAGACCGAGCCCGCCUGGGCGUCCGCCCUGUUCAGCGCGGAGGGAAGGGACGGCAACGGCGCCGGCUCGCUGGACUCGAGCCGACCCUCGUCCGCGGGGAUGGCGCCGCCCCACGGCUACGGCGAGGUCUGGCAGUCGGCACCGUCGAGGACGGGAGGAGGGGCCGGGUCGCCCCCUGUGGGGUCGGCGGCGUCGACGCUGUCGGACGUGUCCAACGGGUCCGCCGCGGUCGGCAUCGUGAGCAGCCGCGAGAUGAACGAGGCGGAAAUGUACCACCGCAUGGCGAGCACAUCCGCGCCCAUGGACGGCGGCGGUUCGGGACGCGGUGUGCUGUCCUCGCAGCACUACUCCGACGAGCGCAACAACCGGGGUUUCCUGAACGGCCUCACUAGCAACGGCGGCGGCGGAGGCGGCGGCGGCGGCGACUUCGUGUCGACCUUCUCCUCCCAGCAGGGCAACACCUGGCAGGGCGUCAACGAGGACGACGGCAGCGGGAACGGCGGG